AUGUUUCGAGAUGCUCCUGCAGCUAGUAAAAUACUUGAAGCCUACGGGAAACUAAGGCCUGUCUUCGCUAUGCUUCAUCGACUUGAAGAACCAAUUGUGUCAUUCGAGUUUCAGAUUACACAAGCUUCGCAGCUGGAUCUGCCAAUAACUCUGAAAGACUUCAAGUUUUGUUCCUUUGUGAAUGUUGCGAAUGUCCCUUCCACUGAUAAUGGUGCUAAUCAAUUGAUCUUCUCAUUCUAUCUCAAGCACAUGAAGCCACAAUACGAAACGUGGUGUGCUAUUACUGAAGUAAAGGUGAUGGGUCCAAUCGAAACCGAAAGCAUCCCUAAUGUGAAGUUCAAGGUUGUGAGAGGUUCUGCUAGUUAG